AUGAGCUUCUUGAGCCAGUCAUCCAGACAAGCCUCUUCCUCCCGCAGCAGCAGAGGAGGAACAAGAGUGUCUGGUGGUGGAUCAUGUAGCUUUAGCAGUAGAUCAAGUAGCAGGCUUGUUGGUAGCGGUUGCAGCAGUGGUGGCAGUGGCAGUGGAGCAUGGGGCAUGUGCAACUUUGGUGGAGGGGCAGACAGCAGGGGCAGGUCAAGCUCUGGUAGCCUAGCGUGCAGAGGCAGCAGAUCGAGGACCUUGAGUGCUGGAUGGGGCACUUCUGGUUCAGGUGGAGCAUUUGGUAGCUUUGCAGGUGGUGAAGGUGGCCUUCUUUCAGGUGAUGAGAAGCAAACAAUGCAAAACCUUAAUGACCGCUUAGCAACUUACCUUGGAAAUGUCCAAGCACUGGAAGAGGCAAACAGUGAACUUGAAGGCAAAAUUGCAGAAUGGUAUGAAAUGUUUGGAGCAGGAAACCAAGCUGGACAACAACAAGACUAUAGUGAAUAUUACGCAAUUAUUGAUGACCUUAGGAAUCAGAUAAUUGCUACAUCAAUAGACAAUGGAACACUGAUUUUGCAGAUUGACAAUGCUAGGCUGGCUGGUGCUGAUUUCAAGCUCAAAUAUGAUAAUGAAGUGGCCAUCCAUCAAAGUGUUGAAAUGGAUGCCAAUGGCUUACGAAAGGCCCUAGAAGAAAUUGAGAUAACAAGCAGUGAUCUUAAAGUACAGAUUAACAGCUUUACUGAAGAGCUGGAACAGAUGAAGAAAAAUCAUGAGGAGGAUAUGGUUUCAAUGAAUGAUUCUACUGCAGCUGGAGAUAUCAACGUGGAAAUGAAUGUCACACCCGGAGUUGACCUGACUACUCUCCUCAAUCAGAUGAGGGGUGAAUAUGAGGCUCUGGCUGAGCAGAAUAGAGAGGAUAUGGAGGCUUGGUUCCAUGAGCAGAGCCAAGAACUGAACAGGCAGAUCAACACCAGCGUUGAGGAAACCAGUACCAACAAGAGCGAGAUUACUGAAAUGAAACGCGCAUUGCAGGGUCUUGAAAUUGAACUCCAAUCUCAACUAUCACUGAAACAAUCUCUUGAGGCCACUCUAGCAGAGACAGAAGGUCAGUACUGUGCCCAACUGUCCCAAAUACAAGAAGUGAUUGGCAGUGUGGAAGGCCAAGUACAGCAGAUAAGAGAUGACAUGGAGUGUCAGAACCGAGAAUACGAACAGCUCCUGGAUGUUAAGAUCCGCUUGGAAAAUGAGAUUGACACUUACCGAAGCCUCCUCGAUGGAAGUGAAAGUGCUGAUAAAACUUCAGGAGGAAGAGACAUGAGACAACUUUCAGAAGUUAAAUCCAAAGGUUCAAAAUCUAGAGACCAGUCAUUUUUUAGCUCUGGAUCUAAAGCCUUGGGAUCUUCAGAUUCAAGAGCCAAGGAAUCACCAUCAGGACCUUCUGGUUCUCAAUCUAGAAGUGGGGAAUCUGCAGAUCAAAGGUUUAAGAGACAAGAACAUGCCACCGCUCAGUCCCAGUCCAAAGGUUCUGGAGAUUCUAGACAGACAGAUAAAUUAGGAUCUGGAAACAAUACCAGAGACCCCCAAAAAACAAGAGUGAUCAGGACCAUAGUGGAAGACAGAAUUGGUGACCAAGUUGUCUCAAGUCGUGUUCAAUCUGUUGAAGAAAAGCACAUUAAAUAA